GGAAACGGGAAGUAAAUGAACGCACGUGCUGUCACCUAUCUCGGGUACGGAAGUUUAAGGUGUGAAUAUACGGGGUUUUUGACAACAUAUUUAUCUACUUUUUCCACAGUAUGAUGUACACCCUGAUUGUCGCUGUGUUUUACUUUCCCUUGUGUCACACGGUUCAAGAUGGUUCCCUAUGGCCAGUGCGAGAGUUCCGAGGGGCAUGGAUCGCCACUGUCUCCAACAUAGACUGGCCAUCUUCUCCCUCCCUGACCACCGACCAACAGAAACAAGAACUCAUCACGAUGUUAGACAGACUCCAUGAACAAAACUUUAACGCCAUUAUUUUACAGAUAAGGACAUCCGGGGAUGCGCUAUACAACUCCUCGUUAGAACCUUGGAGCUACUACCUCACAGGAAAACAAGGGAAACCCCCCAAUCCCUAUUACGAUCCGUUAGAAUUCGCCGUUCAGGAGUCUCACAAGAGAAAUUUUGAGCUACACGCCUGGUUUAACCCGUACAGGGCAAGAAGCGGCAAUUCCUCGACAUCUGGUUUGGCGCCAAAUCACAUGGCACACAGAUUCCCCCGUUAUACUUACCCCUAUGGUCACGAUUUGUGGAUGGACCCUGGGGAGAAGGUGGUACAAGCCUUCAUUCUCUCCGUGUUUAGGGAUGUCGUGACACGGUAUGACAUUGAUGGGGUACAUAUGGAUGAUUACUUUUACCCAUAUCCAGUGUCUGGGUUAGCCUUUCCAGAUUCUCACACCUAUUCAGCAUACAUUUCAGCAGGUGGACAUCUCUCUCUGGCGGACUGGAGACGUAAUAAUGUCAACACUCUAGUCCAAGGAAUAUACACAACAGUUAAAUCCAUUAAAUCCCAUGUCAAAGUCGGCAUCAGUCCUUUUGGUAUCUGGAAACCUGGUCAUCCACAUACAAUCCAUGGACUGUCAAGUUAUGACUCGCUUUAUGCAGAUUCGAAGAAGUGGCUGGAACUUGGAUGGGUUGAUUAUCUGACACCACAGCUCUACUGGAAAAUAGAUCCACCCCAACAAAGUUAUCCCGUUCUGUUAGACUGGUGGCUGCAACAAAAUAAAAUGAACCGACAUCUUUACGCCGGAAAUUAUGCCAGCGCCAUUCAAACAAAGUCAUGGCCGGUUAGCGAACUUGAACGACAAGUUGAACUGUCUCGUGACCGACGUAAUCAUUUAAGUCUUGGGAAUAUCUUUUUUAGCGCCAAAACAUUUUCACAUAAUAUUCAUGGAAUUGCUGAUAGAUUUAAAUCAUCAAAAUACUCAACCCUCGCUUUACAACCGGAAAUGACAUGGAUAACAUCACCUGCUCCACCAUUACCACACAAUCUUCAAGUAAUCGCGGACUCGAAGCUUCAUUGGUCCCACGAUUCAUCAAACACAGUGAGAUCUUGGGCGGUUUACACGUUAAAAGCCGAUUUGUGGGAACUUAUGAACGUACUAAAUAGGGAUACACUAACAGUAAACGUAUCAUCGGGGUACUGGGCCAUAAGAAGUAUCAACCGUGUAGGAAAGGCAAGCAACGCCGUGACGAUCCAUGUUAAUGACGUAUCAGUCGAUGUUAUUGGGAAGUAAUGACUGGUAAAAUGUGGGCAUGUCACUGUAUAGAUAUCAUAAGGAUGUACGUAGUUACAAUUUAACAUGUAAACUGUUCCUCAUCUCCAAAUUAUAUUCAGGUAACGAGAUGGGAAGGAAAGUCACACACACAAAUUCACCAAAGCUUAAAAAUCAACGCUAAUUACUUUAAAAGUGUUUAUAACGUUAUAUUUCGAGGCGGAUUACACGUCCAAAACAAUGACGUCAUUCACAGUUACUGCUAAUGUUUUGUGAUUAUGACAUCAUAAUGUGCCCAUACAUGUAAAACAUCUGCAGAUUAUACAUGAAAGUCAU